AUGGAUGCAAUAAACGCCGGCAUCGCGGGUCUGGUAGAUUCGUCUGGCAAGAUCCUCCUCGCUUCAUACCGACUCCGCGAUCGGGUUACACAAUCUAAAGAUGACAUCGAUGCCCUCAUUCUCGAAGUUGAAUUGCUCUCUAUCGUUUCUGAGGAUGUUAGAGACUCCCUCGCUCAGGUCUCCCGAGAAAACAAAUCCGUUGCUCACAUCGAAGUGCCAAGCGAAGAUGGACUACAAGAUCAACUGGCGCUGACAGCUUGUCAGGCCGCAUUGAGUGAGGUCGACGGUAUUUUCGAACAGCUACUCGAUGUGAUUGGCCCCUUCAGCAAGCCAGGAUACAAAGGCGAGCCCACAUGGGUAUUUGAUUCGGCUACCUUGACAAAGAAGCUUGAUACACUUCGUAAGGCGAAGUCGACGCUGAAUCUGACAGCAUUCGCUCUUCAAAGCGCAUUGUCUGCUGGUGAUGAGUCGUCGCAGGAUGGGAAAAGCUCCUCAUCUGUAAAACAUGACGACGAGUUCCAGAUUGUUCCAUCGCAACGGGAAAAGACCGAAAUGCUAGGAUGGUAUAAAACCAGCGAUCCUGAGCGUAAACACAUAUUUUGCCAACAGAUCCGUGAACAAGGAACUGGUUCCUGGAUCUUUGCAAAUCCUGAAUUUCGACGGUGGAAAAAUGCCAGAGAGCAGUUGCUCUGGCUUCAUGCCAUACCCGGAGCAGGAAAGACAAUCUUGGCCUCAACAAUCAUCGACCACAUGCAAAACUACGUUCGCUCCAAAGUGGGCAAUGUUGGUCCUUCGGAUCGUGUGCUGUACUUUUAUUUCGACUUCGCUGAUACCAACAAACAAACCCUUGCAAGUCUCCUAGAGGCCAUCGUUUAUCAAUUGCUCUCGAAGAAUCCAGAGCCUUCGGAAUCGGUGAUGGAGUUACAUACCAGCCUCAAAAGCAGGGGUCGAAACUCAGCCAACGUCGAAGAGCUCCUCGACGUAUGCUUUGCUGAGGCUGCUGGUAGUGGUAGGACCUUCUUGAUUAUCGAUGCUCUGGAUGAAUCGCAAAAAGGAGAACGUAGAGAAUUCUUUCAAAAGUGCCUACACAAGCUUCUUGCAAAUAAUUUCAGCGCCCUCAUUACAAGCCGCAAAGAGCCUGAUAUUGAGAAUUAUUUUGGAGACUUCUCCCCCCAAGUCAUCAAUCUCGAAGCGGCGGAGGUUGACGAAGAUGUCAGAAAACAUGUCAACAGCGUCAUACAUAGUGAUUCGACCUUGAGUGCAAUGCCGCAGGAAAUACAGGAAGAGAUAUGCCACGAGAUUGUGGCCGGUGCAGGUGGCAUGUUCCGUUGGGCAACGUGCCAACUUGACAGAAUUAAACAUUGUUUGUCUCCGGCCAUGAUCCGUGCAGAGCUUCGAUCGAUGCCCGGAACUCUGGAUGAGACAUACGAGCGGAUUCUGGGCUCGGUGCCGGGUGUCCACCGGGAGCUCGUGCAAUCGGCUUUGAAAUGGUUGGCCUUCUCAUCUCGCCCGAUACUGCUAGAGGAGCUGGCAGAAGCUGUCGUCCUGAGGCCCGAACUCGGGGAUUUCAGCCCCGCGUCCUCUCGACUUUUUACGGCAAAGGCUGUUGUGGACCUUUGCGGUGUUCUAGUCGCGCAGACCACAAUCGAUCCUCACAAAGUGGACUUACAAUGGCUCAGGAAGAAGGGGGAGGUUGAGGCUCGUGGAAGACAGAAUUUCUAUGACAAGACGGCAACUGUUGUCUCUUUGAGUCAUUAUUCUGUCAAAGAGUAUCUUGUAUCCUCCAGGCUCCAAGAGAGUGCUUUCUCUGGUUACUAUGCUUCUGAACAGGAGAGCAACUCUUUCAUCGCCCGCAGCUGCCUCUUCUAUCUGACGCAGUUCAAUCAGGGCAAGGCUGCUUCGGAUCUGGAUUUUGAAGAGUGGCCGCUUCUGGAAUAUGCUGCGGUAGAAUGGAUAAAGCACUGGGACAAGGCAGGUGUUGGUAAAACCGACGUCAUUCUCCGCCAAAUCUACGAGAAGCUCUUUCAGCCGGAAGGUGUUGGGGCCUACAUUAACUGGCUUAAUAUCUAUUCCCCGGAUCUUGAAUUCGAAGAUCGGUUUGGCUACCGUCGCUUCGAUUCAACCAAGCAAUCGGCAGACUUGUUUCCCCAGCCAAUAUACUGGGCGGCUCUUCUCGGAGACCCGCUUCUCAUGUGGGAGCUGAUCAGUCGAGGAGCUGACAUCCAAGUGCGAGGAGGCUACUUUGGUUCCGCUCUGGGCGUUGCUGUCUUCCAUGGGCACACUGACGUUGUGGAGAAUCUUCUUGAUGCUGGAGUGAGCCCCAACACGGAAUGCAAUAGGUUUGGGAGUGUUCUUCAAAUCGCAGCCGUGGGAGGCUCCAAGUACAUGGUAGAGCGCCUGCUACGGGCUGGCGCUGACGUCAACGCACCAGGUGGCCAGAAAUGGGGUUCUCCUCUAAUCGCCGCGGCUGCUAACCAGCAUCAUGAUAUUGUGUCGCUUCUGAUUGAUAGCGGUGCGGAUCUCAACGGUGGCGUUCAACAGACGGGAUCGGCGUUAUACGGGGCAGCAGUGGCUGGUGAUGUGAAGCUCGCAAGAGUGCUGCUGGCUGCCGGCGCUGAUGUGAACGGCUCUCCUUCUAGCCAUGAUCCCUCUCCCCUCUACGGGGCUACAAAAGCUGGAUCCUUGCCACUUGUGAAGUUACUCAUUUCCCAUGGUGCCGAUGCCAACAAAGCAGGUCCGGGCGACUUUGCAACUACACAAUACCCGCUUCACAUUGCGGCCAACAAUGGUCUCAGUGAAAUCGUUCGCAUGCUUCUUUCGGCGGGCGCAGACGUCAGCAAGAAGGACAAAUAUGGAGCCACAGCCCUUGAGGAAGCGAUUUCCCAUAGCGAAGAAGCGAUGGCCAUCUGCAAGAUGCUGCUGGAUGCUGGGGCAGAUAUCAAAGCCAAAUCUGGCUCCACGUUCUAUGACUCGAUAUUCCAAAAAGCCGUGUCCUAUCGCCGUUUUGAUCUGGCGAGAAUGCUGAUAGAUCAUGGUGCUGAGCUGAGUCCGCGUGGAGUGGUAAGUGCUGUGGUUGCAUACAAAGCCGCCCCGUGGGUAUUUGAAGCCUUCAUGGAUAGAGAUAUUGAUGUGAAUGUUGCCGCAACAUACUCUGGCACUCCGUUGAGCACGCCAUUGCAUGUGGCCGUGAUGAAACGUGACUGUGGUGACGAGUAUGUCGUGCGAAAGCUCUUGGAGAGAGGUGCGAAUGUCAACGCUAUUGACGAAAGCCACUACACCACACCUCUGGUUUUGGCUGCGCAAGACGGUUCAGCCAAUAUUGUCCGGUUGUUGAUCGAAUUCGGGGCGGACAUUCAACGCACUAUCAAUUACUCUGCGUUUGAAAUGGCAAUAAAUCAUGCCUGCAACGAUGAUGGAUCACUUGAAGUCGCGGAGAUUCUCUUAGAGAAUGGUUUUAACAUGGCCAAGAAUACGGAGAUGGCACCGUUCUGGCCGACACAGACGCCCAAGCCAGAGAUAUUGCGCUGGUUAGUGCACAAAGGACUCAACUUGAAUAUGAUUCUUGGCCCAAAAGGGCGGCCAAGAGGCGGCUUUGUCUAUGGUGAUUUUGGCCGUGGUAAUGGCUAUACCCCGAUCCAGCUUGCAGCUAAAGACGGCAGCGUUGAUAUGCUCCGGCUGCUUCUUGAGCUAGGGGCCGACGUCAAUGGGCUAGAGGGCCAAGACGGGACAACCCUGCAUUAUGGAUUCAAGUCGGGUGAUAAAGAGGUGGUCCAGUUUCUCCUGGACAAUGGAGCUCUUAUCACAAGUGAUUCAACUCUAAUCUGGCACGCGAUCAAACAUGAUUUGGACGAAUAUAUCCCCAUUCUUGUUGAGAAGGGGGCCGGUUUGGAUCAGGAUUAUCAGGGUCAAAGCCCUCUAGCGUUGGCUUUUUCAUCUGGGAAGCACAGUCUUGUCCAGUAUCUUAUAAGCCAAGGUGCUACAUUUUCAACCGGGAGUGCUGAACUUGCAAGAGAGCUAGCCACGAAGGGGUCACUCGACGACUUGAAGUUUCUGCUUGAUCAUGGCCUUGAUCCAAACAGCAAGCGGAAGUAUUAUGGGUCUUUACUCGAGGCCGCUUGUGCGAAUGCCGAUACAGCCGCUCUGAAGCUUUUGCUAGGUGCAAGAUUGCGACUAAGUAGAGAGGCGUGUCAACACGCAUUUGAGAGCGCCUGCAAAACUGGUCACAUUGAGAUGAUCAAAUUCCUCACAGAGCAGGGUGCCGAUGUUGACAUUUCAGCAGCACUACAAGCGGCUUUCAGCGAGCCUAACAAUCUUGUAAUCGUUGAGCUUCUUAUGGAACGAGAGACCAAUGUUCAAGCAGAUCUAGGGAAAUGCUUCCAGGCAGCAGCGAGAGCAGAUUGCCAAAAGUCUAUGUCUUAUCUUCUCGAACUGUCGAAAAGUCCAUCUGAAACGGCAAACUAUCUUGGUCAGGCCCUCCAGGUAGCGGCAAGUAAUUCCAAUCUAGCUCUUUGCAAAUGGUUAAUCGACGAACACGACGCAAACGUCAAUCAUUUUGGCCUCCCUCAUGGAAGCCCCCUUCAGGCGAGCCUCGGCCAUGUUUACAGUCAGGAGGGUAAUCAAAUGCUCGUUUUCCGCCUGCUUCUCGAGCGAGGUGCCAACGUCAAUCCCCCCAGGAUGGAGAAGAAGCCGAUAAAGACCGCGUCCAUCAGAAAACGCCAGAUCAUGGGGCUCCCCGUCGACACCUCCACCACUUUCGCAUCGCCUCUUUCGCUUUCUAUCGCAGGCGGGCGUUGGGGGAGCGCUCAAAAACCAUUUGUGGCUCAGCUUUUGGAUCUUGGGGUAGAUGUAAAUGGAUUUGGCGGCCAGUAUCAUUCUCCUCUUCAAGCCGCUGCAUUCCGCUGCCCAGAGAUAGUCGGCCGGCUGCUUGACGUAGGCGCCGAUGUAAAUGCAACCGAUGAUGAGAGCGUGUUUGGUACGGCACUUCACGCUGCUGCAUACAACAGAGAUCUGGCCACCGCUAAGAUUUUGCUCGACCACGGAGCGGAUGUGAAUAUCGUUGCGGGCGACCACGGAACGGUGUUGCGAGCAGCAACCUUUGACGACUCGCGCGGCGGCCGUGAAAAGAAAACAAUUAAAAUGAUGAAUCUGUUAUUUGAGGCAGGUGCAGAUGUCCACGCGACGGAUAAUGAAAAUAACUCAGCGGUACAAGCAGCUGCCAAACAGGGGAACAUUGCAGCUUUGGAAUGGCUGAGAGAUCACGGGGCGGAUAUCUGUGCCGAAGGUGGGAGUAAGGGCAAUGCGUAUCAGGCCGCGCUCGAAAACUUGAAUAACAACUACUGUGUUAGAUGGGAUGCCGUUACGUGGUUGGAGAAGCAUUACGGUAGGGACUGUUGGGGAACAGACAUUCUUCCGUAG